CAUGUAUGUAUGUAUACACACACCUCACUCCAACACCAUCACCAGAAGAGAGAGAGACUGAGACAGAGAGCUCCGAGAAAACCAAGGGAGUUUUUUUUUUUUUUUCUCAAAGGAAGCGAUGUCGUCGUCGGAGGUUGCGAUCGAGGAGAGGAGCGACCAGCAAUUGAAGUAUUUAGGGUUCGUGCAGAUUCUGGCGGUGAACGCCGUUGUUUUGGUGUCGAAUCUAUACGAUAAGGCGAAGCAGAAUUCCGGUUCGCUCAAACCCGCCGUAGACGCGGUGGAGAACGCCGUCGCGACUGUUUUUGUCCCCGUUUACGAGAGAGUGAAGGGGAUUCCUAGUGAUCUGCUUGUGUUCGUCGACGGAAAGGUGAAUGAUGCUGCCAUCAAGUUCGAUGAAAUGGCUCCUCCGUCAGCCAAGAAAGCCCUUUCCAAGGUUCAACUACUUAUGAUGAAGGCGUCGCAAACCGGCCAAGACUUGUUAGAGGAAGCCAAGGUUUCCGGUCCCCUCGCCGCAAUAUCCCAUGCUGGUAAAAUGUCACAGCAUUUCGUGGUGAAUCAGUUGGCUGUGGUAUUGUACCAAGUCAAUCAGAAUCCAUCGUUAAAUGGGGUGUCUAAGGUGGCCAUUACCACCGCAGCGCAAUGGUCCGAGAAGUACAACAAAUUAGUGAACAAUCUGUCGGGGAAAGGCUAUACCCUGUUCAGCUAUGCCCCUUUGAUCCCUGUAGAUGAAUUGGCCAAGGCGUAUAAGCAAGCAGAGUCGGCUGCGAAUAAGAAAGUGGACGUAGCCAGCUCGAGUGGAUUGGACAACGAAUAGGUGUGCGCUCCAGAUCCCUCCCUCCCUUUAUGUGAUUGAGAUGUGUUGUUAUGGACGUUGAUUUCUAGAAUUGGUAUUCGAUUAUGUGCAAGAAAUGGUGCAUGCCCUUAUGGUUUUAGGUAAAUGUGGGUUGAAGGAGUGCCAAGUUCAGUAGCAGAGAUGUUAUAAAUAAUGAAGAAUUUUAUGUGAUGAUGUAUAAUGUGGGUGGUGUUUGUUAGUUUGUUUGUUGUGUACAUGAUUUGGAGGUGUUUGUGAAAUUGAUCCAAGUUUGAUA